UUUUUCCUUGAGCUAUGGCAUGAAGUCACUUUACGUGCAUCUCGUAAUACCGGUACUUCACCCUUACCAUCACCUACUUCAUCCGAGAGUUCUGAUCAACUACAAGAGGCAUCAUCUGUACAUCAAGAAGAGCAGAUUACUGUUGACGAGGGAACAGUUUUUGAUGAUCCCGCAGGAUCAUUUGAUAGUUCUUGUGAGAAAAUUCAAUCAUUAAUAAUAAAAAAUGUAUCCAAAGGAUUCUUUAAUGGAUUGAAAACAUAUUGCAGAAAAAAUACUUGGUCACGAUUGGACAUUUACAACAUUGAUCCUACUAUAAUAUCCCACCAACCAUUGUGCAAACAAGCAGAGACAACUGCAACUUCAAAAGAUAAUAACGUCAAUAUGGAAAUUGAAUUAUCACCGGAGCUUUAUACACCAUUGUCAGAUUUGGCACAUUCUCUCACGUUUCUAUCCAACCACUUGCCUAUAAGAGUAUUUAAAUCUAUCUUCAAAGAAAUAUCUAAAGAAAUAGAGGAUUAUUUGUGGAAUCGAGUAUUAAUGAGAAAUCAGUUUUCUGAGAUGGGUGGCAGGCAAUUUGAAGUAGAUAUGAUUAAAGGAUUAUUCACAGUUGGAAAAAGAUGGGUUCAGAAACCAGAAAAUUAUUUUAGGAG